AUGAACCUUUCAGCAUCUGCUCCCUCCGCCUUUGCGCCCGAACUCUUCCAGGCCGACAACAGUGCGCCAAUUGCGCAAGAUGCCCUCGCUGCCAUCGCGCAGUCUGCUGCGACUGCCUUGGAACAAACCGCGAAUAAUGACGUCGAUCUGAACAUGACCGAUUCCACCCAGGUCAAGCAAGAGAAUGUCGACAGCAAUUAUCCUCCGCUCGACGAUGAACCCCCUUCUACCAACUCUCCAGCGUCCUCUACAAAGCCCUCUAGUUCUAAACCGCGCCCAAAGCAUUCAACCAAACCUAAACAAGAUCCUAACGCGGCCCCAAAGUCUUCUGUUCAUUCCUCUAAAAAUGAAGGUCAACAUACCGACCGACGAUACCUUUGUUAUUUAUGUAACAAGUUGUUCACCCGUCGACGAUCUGUACGCGAUCACAUAUCCAAAAUUCACAAUACAAAGACCUGGGAACCUGUGCGCAGUCUUGAAAUUGUCGUCGAUCCCAUUACAGGUGAACCAAGCGAGCCCCUUGAGGACAUCAUCGCCAGAGGGCCUCCUGCUACACCCCCAAAGCCGUCAAAACCAGAUCGACCUGAACACCCCCUCAAACCCGAUCAUAGUGACAAAGACCAGGAAAGUCACGGCCCCCAACAGGCACAUUAUGAGGCCCAGCCUCCAGCACAAGCUCAACAUCCACCUGUCGAAGAUCCACCAUCCAUUCUACCCACGUCUCCUCCACCUGCACCCGCUAUUUCCACUUUGAAGAAGGAGCCCUCCGUUACCGGAUCACGCGCUCCGUCCAUGGAACCCUUCGCUAGCCCAGCUCCUGUGGCUGGUAAGAAGCGUCCCGCUCCGAUCGAGUCCUCCAAAUCCUCCCCAGCCGCCUUCAAAAAGAAAGGUGUCGCCAAAUCAAAACCCUCCCCUGCGUCGAACAAAAGAGCAAAAUUAAAUGAUUCAGAGCCUAGUCCAUCCUACGUAAGAUCAAACCCCCGGUCUCCUAGUGUCACUCCUUCGACACAACUCAAACAUUUGCCGAGUUCAAAGCUCAGAAAACAAAAUUCUGCUACCAGCCCGAGACCUUCUGCAACUCCAGUCUCCUCACGAGCCGCCUCUGUUGCCUCCCAGUCCCGUUCCCGCUCAAGCUCUGUUGCAGAAACUUCUGGUAGCUCAAACGAUGACGGUGAGAUCUUUUGCAUCUGCCGGAAAGGCGAUAAUCACACAUGGAUGAUCGCUUGUGAUGGUGGGUGUGAAGAAUGGUUUCAUGGGAACUGUGUCAACAUCAGAGAACGUGAUGGUGAGUUAAUCGAUAAGUACAUUUGUCCCACCUGCAUGAAACCGGGCCUUCACACCACUUGGAAACGAAUGUGCCGAAGGAAAGACUGCCGCAAACCUGCACGCGUCAUGCAAGAUCCUCCUAGCAAGUAUUGUUCCGAUGUUUGUGGAAGGAUGUUCUUUGUUGAGCUAGUUCAAAGGGGUGACCCUGCGGCUCAAUCAAGCAGAGAUGGCCAGCACAUUAUGGAAGCCAACAAGUCCAAAAAGUUGCGAAAGAAGGCGAUCAAAAUGGAAGCUCGUCACACAAUCCCCAAGCCUAUUAAUCCACUGGCCAAUGGCGAUCUGGCAGAAGUACUGAAUGAUAACAGCCGCCUUGCCACUCCAGCGUAUAGCGAGGAUGAGAAGACCGACUAUGAAACAGACAGCAGCUUAGACGACGAUGAGCUUCCCAACCGGGCAGGUGCUCUACGGGCCGCUGAAGUCAAGGCGUUGAUUGAAAAAUGCAAAACCAUCGACGAAUGGAGGAAUCUUGGGAAAAGGCCAGACACUCCACCGGGGGAUGACGAUAUGACGGACACGAAGCCCAUCUCCCUUGUGUAUGAUGAACUCGAAUCGGCCAAAAUGGCCAGCAUUCAGGAGCAAGUACAGAAGUUCAAUUCUCGUAGUAAACUACUAAGCGCAAGAGAGGCACUACUCGAGCUCAUCAAAACUCGCUCAGCCACCAUUACGGAUGAAGUCAGGAAAGCCAAUCCAAAAGGCAAGGAUUUUUGUGGCUUCGACCCACGGCUAGCCUGGAGCGACGAAGAAUUCAGUAGGUGGUAUACUGAUCGAGGCGGAAAGGCCAUACUGGACGCUGGUGCCAAUGGCAAGAUCGGUCCUCCUGAUGAGAAUGACUCGACAAUGAGAAAACUGUCCAAUGGUGUCAAUGGUGUACAUGCAGCCGAGGAGGAAGACGAAGAGGACAAGAAAGCGCUCAAGAAAGGUGGAGUUUGUAUAGUGAAGAACUGCCAGAGACACAAGACGUGGGCCAAAGCGCAGUUGGCUGAGAUUAGGUUUGAACAAGACUUGGUUCGCAGGUCUUUGAGUCGAUUGGAGAUGCAAGAGAGCGAACUCAAGCAGAGGGCCAUGGUCAGAGCCUGGGAAAGCAGGGGAUAG